UUUUACCUACAAAAUAUUCCCAAAAUAUCUUAACAAAAUUAUGUAGGAUAUAUUUCAGGUUAUGGCAAAAUUAAAAUGGGUUUCAACGCGAUAUUUUCAAAACCAGCUGGUUUCGAAAAGAAUUCUUAAUUAGAUUUUCACAGGAGCCCGAAGGCUUUUCAAUAAUUCCUUCUUACCUGUUGUCCUCGUUUGCAACCCCCUCCUAUGAUUUACAAAUGCAUAUUAUUCCAGUUGCAUGUAUGAAUAAAUUAAGCCGGUUGACGACGAUCGUUGCCAAAAUAAGGUACACUACUAGUUGCUAAAAAAUCUGCAGUCGGAUACAAUUCGAUAUAUCAAUUAUAUAUUAAAUAUUAAUGCAGUUUUAUCCGCUAACUUCAACUGCUUUUUAGUUGUGUUGUGCAUCGUUGCUAUGCACAAUUUGAACUUUGGGAAAGAUGGAACAGAUAUUUCACUAUCUUGCUGCAGUAUUUACAAGAUUUCUCUUCCUUAUUCACGCUGUUUUGAUGAUCUGCUGGCUUGUUCUUAUCAAGGGUAAUGGAUUUUAUUUCGUGUUUUUGGUGCUUUUGGUGGCUCUUGUCCUUGAAACAGUUUAUACUGUGGUGUUUCGUAAAGGACACGAGCACAAUGGAUUUUGUCUUAGUAUGUUUCUCUAUCUACUGGCUGUGAUUCCCUGCGACUGGAUCGCAAAAAGAGAGGUUCUCAAGUGCAUAGUAGAGACAAGAGCGCAGAAUCCUGGCUCCGUCUGUAAGAACGCUAUAAAUUCAAGUAUUGGAAAGGCCUUGAUGUCAGUAUUCCCCAACUCAGACGACGAGGUCGUCAUCUACACAUUAGAACAAGCCUUAGUUCUCAUUCUCGUCAUUGGCCGCUGGCUUCUGCCCAAAGGAACCUUAUCGCGCGACCAACUAUCUCAACUUUUAUUAGUCUACGUUGGAGUGGCAGCGGAUAUCAUAGAGUUCACCGAGAUCAUUAAGGAAGAUGAGAUCCGCAACGCAAAAAUGCUGAUGAACAAGCAUUUCGUUAACGCAGUCAUACUCUUCUGGAGUAUCAGUCUCUUCCAGUUCACUCUCACCAUUUCAGCUACCGAGAGAAGCGCCCAACGAAUCGAGAAAGAAAAAGCGCAACUUCAAGAAGAGAUCAAAAAGCUCAAAGACCUCGAGAAAGCUAGGAGAAGAAACCAAAUUGCGCCUGCUUUGUACACUUAUAAGCGGUCUGCUUCCCAUCACAGUGUCGAAGAAAUCAAGCUAAAAUAUAUUCACACUAAGAAUGGACUCGGAGUGAAGCCAGAUACCCAAGAGAGUCUGGACGAAGACUCGGAAAAGGCAAAUGACGCUACAGGGCGUCCAAGGGGAUAUUUCUUUCGUCUCAAGGGAUUUUUAGUUGCAUUCGUCGCAAAAUGUCAGGACUAUGUCGAACUCGUUAACCUUCUUGUGCCUUUAAUGAUGCAGGAUGGUCCUUAUCUUACCAUCCGACUUAUCGCAAUCGCAUACUACAAAGUCAGUCACAGCACAUUGUACUUUUUAACCGUUAAGAAUGCUCUGGUGGUGAUGCUUCAAGUAUACCGAAUUUUCGUACUUUACUACAAGCCGCCUGAUGAUGAUUCGGAUGAGAUCUCAGAGUUCGACCAUUCGACGCGAUUGACAAACGUCCAGACUGCCAUCAAGAGUGUACAACAGGCGCGCCUUGCAAUACGACUCGUUACCAGGCUACAAAAACAAGCUCGGUGGCAUAACUCUAGUCGAAGAUACAACGAUCUUGAAAAGGCCGAGAGUCCAUCGACCCCGAAUACAUGGUGUAGCAAAUUUUCAAACUAAAAAUAACUGUAAUAAAUCUCGCUUUCCGAUUGGUUAGUGGCGCGUGCAUUAUGGGAGCACACAGCACGCGCGUGCACUUUCUAUUGCUAUCCUAAAGAAGAGCUAUUGUAUUUCAUGAAAAGAAAUAGGAAAUUUUGCCGUGCUGUGUGCUUUACGACAAUACACGCACACAUACACACAUAAAUACACACAUACACACAACACACACACACAUACACACAUAAAUACACACAUACA